GGCUGCAGCCAUUGGCUGGUUCAAACCAGAGGGGCGGGAUUUAAACCGCUCGUCGCGCGGUGUUUGUUUUCUGCUGUGAGUCCGUGGCCGCUGCUUUUCAGGAUUUAUCAUGGCAGAAGGUGGUGUUGACUAUGAAUUUGACGCUCCAUCCCAAGUUGUGGACUUCGGCGACUUGGACAAAGUAGAUGAUGCUGACACUUGGUUUGACUAUCAGACUGGUGCACAGUGUCAUCUGACCACCCCGCUGCAGUCCAGAAAGAAACUUGAGAGAGGCGAAAAGCGCAACCUGCCCAAAGCCACCGUAGCCCCUCGAGUGAAGACGGAGUCCGACCCUGGUUGUGCUGUGCCAUCAAACAUAGUUACAUCCUGGAGUGCCGGAGCUGCUGCACAGCCUGAUGUGCGCCCACGCAUAGUGACCUCCAAUCCACCCCCUGCAGGACCUCGCAGGGUUUCAAAGCGUAAAAAGGAGACUGUGGCUUCAACUGCACCACCAGAUAAGAAACACAGAGGGAAUACCACUAACCAACUUCCACAACGAUCCAGCAGCGCCCGCCACAGGAAAGGCGCUCAGACGACGGCGCAACCUGUCAGUGCAAGCACAGAGCAAAGUUCAGAAGAAGUGGAGCUGGAGCGGAUCAGGACCCUGCAGCAAGAGGUGGCUUUACAUCGGAAGAAGAAUGAGGCCAGCUACAAAGCUGCUCUGGCUGGCAUUCCACCUCCAAAGAAGUUGGUCCUGUCCACCACCAUCCCUCAAGAAUUCCACUUCAGCACGGACAGUCGGGUGAAGGCGGCUCCUGCGUCUGACACAGCCCACAAGGAAUUUGACUUUGUCAGCCAGCUCCGCAAGCAGCCCGCCUCCCCAGCGAAGGCUGCCAAAGGUGCCACGGUACCCAAACCGUUCCACCUGUCGACGGGUGCAAAGAGAAGUGCAGAGGAACCAGCUGCCUACAUGCCCAUGGCCCAGCAGAUAGUGCAGUACGAGAAACGGACCCCCAGCCGCUACCAUCUGCGCAGCCGCGAGAGCAAAGAAAGAGGGCCUUCUCCUGUGAAGAGGGCCCACAUGAAGCUCACCCAACCACACACCCCUAACCUGGUCACCCAACAGCGGUCUCGGUCAACCACUGUGAAGAGUUCCUCUGACCUGGAGGCCGAAGAGGCGGAGCAACUGCACAAGUUUAGGUUCAAGGCUCUGGAGCUGAACAGGAAGAUCCUUGAGGGCACAGAGAGCCUCAAGAAGCCGGCGGUGAAGCAGCCUACCGUACCUGAAGGCUUUGAGCUCCAGAUUGAAAAGAGGUUGCAGGAGAGGCAGGCGACCUCGACGCUGCAGGAGCCCGAACAGCACACCUUCAAGUCCCAGCCACUGCCCAGGAAGAUUCUGGAGGGGGUGGUGGGAUUACCAGAGAAGAAAGUUCAGCCUCCAACUGUGCCAGAGUCUCCAGCAUUUGCUCUGAAGAACAGAGUUCGUGUGGAGCGUGAGGUUGAUGAGGUAAAACCGCCACCAUCUAUAAAGGUGGCUCCCGUCCCUCACUUUGGCGUGCCCUUCCAGCCGCAACUGCCUGAGGAUCAUCACGUGAAGGUCUGUCCGUUCUCCUUUGAAGAGCGUGAGCAGGAGCGGCGGAUCCUGAAGGAGAAGAAGCUGGAGCAGAUGAGGAAUGAAGAAGUGCCACUCUUCAAGGCCCAGCCACUGCCAGACUUCAACGCCAAGGUCCUCCCCGAGAAGAAGAAGCUGGAGCCCACAAAGCCCGAACCCUUUAAGCUGCUGACUGACGAGCGUGGAGUCGUCAGGACCAGCCGCUGGGAGCAGACGGUGAAAGAAGAGCAGAAGCAGCAGGAGAAAGCAGCUUUAUUCAAAGCCAGACCAAAUACUGUGACCCACAAGGAGCCGUUCCAGCCCAGAAAGGAAAACCGGCCCACUUCAGUUCCAGAGCCCUUUGAGCUGUUGACGGAGCAGCGUGCCAGAGGGCGACAGGAGUUUGAGCGGCUGGUCAAUGAGAAGGAGUCGCUCAGGGCCUGCCUGGAGGAGGAGCAGCGACAGGAGGAGGAGCGCCAUCAGAAGCAGGAAGUUGCCAAAUUGCGGCAGGAUCAGGUCCAUAAGGCUCAGCCAGUCAGACACUACAAACCGGUGUCGGUGAAGAAGAGCGAGGUCCCCCUGACCAUCGCCCAGUCUCCAAACUUCUCAGACCGCUUCGCCAUAUGAGUACUUGUUCCACAUUAAAUGGACUCGGGGAGCUUUUGGAGAGUGGCGGGAUUUGUAAUGUGUCCUUCCUGUGUUAACUCUUAGCGUUAAGUUAAGGAUGUUAACAAAAAUACCACAAUAACAUUCAGGAGUUACAGCUGUUUUUAAAUGUGUUCAUUGUCCACAUCUCUUCACUUUUUUGGUUGCU